CGGUUGUGUUAUAGUGAAGUAAAAUUUUCACUACAUCUCCCAGAAGGACUUUAAAGCGGCAGCCCUUUCAAAACAAGUUACUAUAACAGUAUAUUUUUGUUUGCUGGGGUAGAAACACCAAUCUUCACACCAUACCACCGUUUUUCAGGCAAUGAAUUUCAAGUGAGCCUGUGAGUAAGUGAGUCAUGGAGGAUGAUGGGAAACCUCUACUUGGUUCAAUCCAAGCAGAUUACUACUCAGACCAGAUAGACUUUCUGGACUCCAGACAAAGAAGGCCUUUCCAUGUGGAGCCCAGAAACAUCGUGGAGGAUUCAGCUCAGGAGCGAGUGUCUUCCGAGGCCUCAGUAUUGAACAGCAGAGUUCAUUACUAUGGUCGCCUGACCGCUUCAUCAGACAGGCUGCUGGCUCCCCCUGACCAUGUGAUCCCUCCACCUGAAGAGCUCUAUAUUUACAGCCCUCUGGGGACAGCGUUUAAAGUACAAGGAGGAGAAGGCUCUUCCAAAAACCCCAGUAUUGUUACCAUCUUUGCUAUCUGGAAUACAAUGAUGGGUACGUCCAUACUGAGCAUGCCAUGGGGAAUAAAGCAGUCUGGCUUUACACUCGGAAUCAUCAUCCUCAUCCUAAUGGGCUUACUCACACUCUAUUGUUGUUACAGAGUCCUGAAGUCAACUAAAUCAAUACCUUAUAUCGAUACUUCAGACUGGGAGUUUCCUGAUGUGUGUAAAUAUUACUUUGGGAGUUUGGGACAGUGGUCGAGUCUGUUGUUUUCCAUGGUAUCGCUGAUUGGGGCAAUGGUGGUCUACUGGGUGCUUAUGUCCAACUUCCUGUUUAACACGGGAAAAUUCAUUUACAACUAUGUUCAUGAUGUCAACAUGUCUGAUUCAGAGUUUGGCACAAAUGGAACGGAGAGAGUGGUUUGUCCAUACCCAGAUGUGAAUCCACACAGGAACAGCACCAAUUCUCAGCAUUAUAUCACCGAUAAUGGUACAGAUACAGUGUUGUUUGACCACUGGUGGAAUAAAACCAAAACGAUCCCUUUCUACCUUAUCGUGCUCCUGCUGCCGCUGCUCAACUUCCGCUCAGCCUCCUUUUUUGCCAGGUUCACGUUUCUGGGCACAUUUUCAGUGAUCUACCUGAUCAUCUUGGUCACUGUUAAAGCUUUUCAGCUUGGAUUUCACCUGGAGUUUCACUGGUUCGAUUCCACCGAUUUGUUUGUCCCAGAGUUUAGAAUCCUCUGUCCUCAACUCACUGGUGUUCUUACACUGGCUUUCUUCAUCCACAACUGCAUCAUCACCCUCAUGAAGAACAACAAGCAUCAGGAGAACAACGUUCGGGAUUUGUCCUUGGCUUACCUUUUAGUAGGUCUAACAUACCUCUAUGUGGGAGUUCUGAUCUUUGCUACUUUCCCUUCUCCACCACUGUCUAAAGACUGCAUUGAACCAAACUUCCUGGAUAAUUUUCCCAGCAAUGAUAUUAUGGUGUUUGUGGCUCGAGCCUUUCUGCUGUUCCAAAUGACCACCGUCUUCCCGCUGCUGGGUUACCUCAUCCGAGUGCAGCUGAUGAACCACUUCUUUGGUGAUCAGUACCCCAGUUUUCUCCAUGUAUUCAUUCUGAAUGUCAUCAUUGUGGCUAUCGGGGUCCUAAUGGCCAGGUUUUAUCCCAACAUUGGCUCCAUUAUCAGGUACUCGGGGGCAAUAUGUGGUUUGGCUCUGGUGUUCGUCUUCCCCUCAGCUGUCCAUCUGAAGGCUCUGAGACGUAGUGGUGAAUUGCGCUGGCCCUCAGCUUGCUUCCACGUCUUCCUCAUCCUGCUCGGAAUGGCCAACCUAGUGGCCCAAUUCUUCAUGUAAUACCAUCAUCACGUUGUUCUCCAGCACACAUUCUCAUGGUUGUAGUUCAGGUUUUGGCACUAGGUGGUGGUAUUGGACUUCCUGUAUUACAUUAUCAAGGAAUAAAGUCAUGGCACUUGCAUGAUUUCAGCAAAAGAAAUCAACCUGCUGACAAAAAAUCACCAUUGUAGUGAUUUUAGUAAAUGUUACCAACAUUCAACCAAAUGGCAAUUGGCACGUUUGUGUUAGCAGCUGUAAUAUCUUUUGUAAUUCUAUUUUUAAUUGAAAUUAAGUUAAAAAGUAAAGCUGCCAAGAAACAUCGGUUGUUCAUGGUUCCACCGUGGUGGAUUAGCCCACAGACAGGAGCACUGUGUGAUUAUAACAGAUAUGAAUUUAUAUGCACCUGUUUAACAGGCAGGUGACUAUAAUCGCUGGUGGACUAUAAACACUUGAGGAGUGACACACUUGUUUUUCAACUGUACUGUUCCAUGUUAUUUGGUAAAUUUGUACAGUAUUUUCAAACUGUUACCUGCCCAGUGUUCAGGUCACAUGCUGCCGGUUUUAUUUUUGUACUUGUUUUUUUUGUACUCGGUUUCUCUAAAUAAUUUACUGAAUGAUUUGUAAUUUACACAUUACAAUUACCUUCAUAAAAAUGAGCACAAAAAAAAAAAUUCAUUAUUACAUGCACAAACUCUUUAAAAAAAUUCUACUAUUUUUGCAAAUAAUAAAUUGUGUAAAAAUCCCA